AUGGGUUCCACAUUCUCUAUAUCAGCGAUUCUCAUCGCAUCCGCUAACUUCGUUGGUCCUGUCGAUUCUGCCUCUAUCGCUAUCAGCCGUUCCGGAUGGACCGCCACGUCGGACAGUUUCCAGGCUGGCAAUGAGCCUUAUCGAGCGCUCGAUGGGAAUGGAGCAAGCUUCUGGCACUCCAUGUAUGAGCCCGCCCCUGUUGACCCUUUGCCUAACUGGAUAAUUGUCGACAUGAAAGCGUCAUAUAAUGUGAACGCAAUCAGCCUGCAACCGCGUCCGAGCGACAACGCGAAUGGCAGAAUUGGAGGUCACACGAUUGAAGUCAGUACCGACAAUUCAAGCUGGCAGAUCGCCGCUGUUGGUACAUACAACAACGAUGCAUCCACGAAGAAAACCUUCUUUGUCCCACGACCAGCGCGGUAUAUAAGAAUUACUGCAAGGUCCGAAGCGCAGAACAAGGUCAAUCAAUGGACGGCCGUCGCUGAAAUCAACAUCUUUCAAGACACGACAUACGCCCCACCAGCAGCAGACAAGGGCUUGUGGGAAAAGACCGUGAAUUUUCCGCUUAUACCGACGGCUGUGGCGUUGCUUCCAAACGGGAAAGUGCUGAUGUGGUCGGCGUUCGCGAAAGACAACUUCGGUGGCCAAAGAGGUUUCACUCAAACAGGAAUCUACGAUCCUGCUACAGGCGAGUCCACGCAAUUGGAAGUAUCGAACACACAACACGACAUGUUUUGCCCCGGCAUCUCAAUGGACUUCAAUGGUCGGGUCAUUGUCACGGGUGGCAGCGACGCGGCGAAGACCAGUAUCUAUGACCCAUCAGGAGGAGCAUGGAAUCCAGGAAGUAACAUGCGUAUAGCUCGGGGAUAUCAAUCUACUACCACGUGCUCGGAUGGACGCAUUUUCAACAUUGGCGGCUCUUGGAGCGGAGGAACUGGUGGCAAGAAUGGAGAAAUAUACAAUGCCACUUCGAAUGCAUGGACCCUGUUGCAAAACGCUCUUGUCAGUCCCAUGCUUACGGCCGAUCGUGGUGGCGUAUGGCGCUCAGACAAUCAUGCCUGGCUUUUCGGCUGGAAAAACCAAUCAGUCUUUCAAGCUGGUCCUUCUAUUGCGAUGAACUGGUACGACACUGUUGGAGCUGGUAGCACCACAGGUGCUGGAAACCGUUUGGACGAUGGGCACGCUAUGAAUGGGAACGCUGUUAUGUUUGACGCCACAGCCGGAAAGAUACUCACUGCAGGAGGGGCUGCAGACUAUGAGAACAGUGACGGACGAAGGAAUGCGUAUGUUAUCACCAUUGGUGCACCCAAGACAAAUCCGACUGUUCUGAAGACACAGCCUAUGAUGUAUGCGCGUGGCUUCGCCAAUAGUGUGGUAUUGCCCGAUGGCACCGUUUUUGUUACGGGCGGACAAUCACGACUCCAACCGUUUAGGGACGAUACGGCGCAGCUUACGCCUGAACUCUGGGAUCCCGCAACUGGGAGAUGGACACAGCUCAACCCCAUGCAGAUUCCGCGAACAUACCACUCGGUUGCGAUUCUUCUUCCAGAUGCAACGAUUUUCACCGGUGGUGGUGGUUUGUGUGGUCCAUGCACACAGUACGGUGGGGUACCAGACAGCAAUCACUUCGACGCCGAAAUCUUCUUACCACCUUACCUUCUGAACACUGAUGGAACAAGACGUGUUCGCCCUGUCAUAAGUACUGUAGGGUCUAGCGUUAGACUAGGUGCAACCUUAAGCAUCACGACGACGGGGGUUGUGACGGGGUUCUCGCUGGUCAGGUUCGGCACAGCAACUCACACAGUCAACACAGAUCAGAGAAGGAUCCCAUUAACAUCUACUGGAAGUGGCACUACUUAUACUGUGACUGUUCCAAGCGAUCCGGGGGUAGCAUUGCCAGGGUUUUGGUUGUUGUUUGCAAUCGACUCUAGCGGCACACCUAGUGUAGGCAAGACUAUUAAGCUAGUGGUGUAG